AUGGCGUCGCUGUCGUAUGCCUCUGGCGUUUUCGCCAUCGCAACCUGGCCUGCGAGGAUCGCAUGGAAGCCCGUGGCCCUGUUCAUCAACACCGCCCUCAUCUUGUUGUCGCCGCUCAUACUCAUGGCGUCAUAUGUCAUCGGAUGGGGCCAAGCCAUCAUGGACUUUCUAGCCAGCCUCCAGCUGGCCUGCGGCGCUUGCAUUGGCAUCGUGGCUGGCCUGACUAUGUCUUGCACAUCCGGCGUGAUCACUACAAUCUUCGGCAUGGGUGACAACAGGUCGAGAUCUUUGCCUCCAACUCCAAUGCCUUCAACACCCUCAUCGGAGCGACCGGGAACCGGUAAGACGGAAGACUCGUCGUCCUACGAGACAGACUGGCAUAUUCUCAACAAGCCACCCCCGAAGAGACGGAGGCGGACGCCGGGGCUCUGGUCGCAGACGAUUCACGAGGAGGACGAUGACGAUUCCGAGAUUUGA